AUGCGAAUUCAAGAAAUUUUAAAUUUCAAGUAUGUUUUUUUGCUACUUAUGUUAUUUGAAUAUAUUACUCAAGGUUUCGGCUUAGAAGUAAUUUAUGCAAUUAAUGCUGGUGGCGAGACAUUCACCGAUAGUUUUGGGAUCAAAUAUAUGCGGGAUCCGUUGAUGGGAAAAGUUGGAACUGCUUCAGACUAUGGAAAACAAUUAAUUAUUGGCCGCAUAAGUCCUGCAGAUCAAACUUUGUAUCAAACCGAGCGAUAUCAUCAUUCUACUUUUGGCUACGAUAUUCCUAUUAAUGAAGAUGGCAAAUAUGUAAUGAUACUAAAAUUUUGUGAAGUCUAUUUUAAUUCACCAAACAUGAAAGUCUUUGAUGUUGUACUAAAUGGUGAUCACACUGUUGUUACUGAUUUAGAUAUUUUUGAAAAAGUUGGAAGAGGUGUUGCUUAUAAUGAGUACAUUCCUUUUACAAUUCAAAAAGGCAAAUUGAUAUAUAAUGAUGAGGAAUCUGAUAUUCUUGGUGGAAAAAUUCGGGUUGAAUUUAUUAAGGGUUAUCGAGAUAAUCCUAAGAUAAAUGCUAUAGCUGUAAUCAAAGGUGUUUUGGAUGAUGUUCCAAAAUUAGGCCCAAUACCUCCUGAACCUGAAGAAUACCAUGGCGUACAAGAAGGUGAAGAAGAAUCACCAAUAAAAGCUAGGCAUCCAAGUGGUCCACGCACGCCGGAUCCAUAUUCUAUUGAUGAUUCUUCAAUUAUGCUACCUGUCUUCGUUGCUAUUGGAGCAUUUAUUCCUCUUUUAUUUUGUUUAUGUAAACUUUAA